AUGAGUUCAGAAAUUGAUCAAGCUUUCCUACAAGAUGAAGACGAUCUCAAGCAUUUGACGUCGUUUGAGAUUCUGAAAUCUGCUACAAAAAUCCUGAAGAGUAACCCCAUGUUCAUGGGCUUAACAAUUAUGUCUGUUUUACCUUUGUUUGUUUUCAUGGUUUUACAUGAGAUCAAAAUCUCAGAAGUAAUGGAUGGUGUAUCAAAGUUUCUACUACCACCAUCCUUUUCCUACACCUACUAUUUUACUGGUGACGAAUUUGAAUAUGAUGAAAAUGAUCUCAGAAGGAAACACUUUCGUGUUGUUCUAGAGCUCUUCCCGUUCUAUCUGGUACUUCUUCCUCUGCUCGAGUUUUUUAGUUUGCCCUUAAUUGUAAAUCUUGGGGUGAAAAUUUAUGCAGGGGAAAUAUCAUCAUCAUUAACUGUUAAGGAGAUUAUAAAUGAGGUUAUCUACAAGAAAGUUAAUCUUAAAGGUGCUUUUAUUACCUUGUUUUGGGUUCAACUACUCUCAAUUUGUACAUUUGCUGGUUUAAUUUGGACAGUUUUAAGCCACCAUUUUAUCAUGCAAUAUAUUUUCUUAAGGGAAGAUUUUGUGCAAAUCCUGUCAAUAGGGUUUCAUUCACUGAUUUUUUUGGGUAUACUUUACAAGUUUCUAGAAUGGAGUGUUUUGUGGAACAUGGCUAUGGUGAUUUCUGUGUUGCAAAUCGAAGCCGGCCUCUAUGCAUUAGAAUUGUCAGCUUACUAUGGAAAACAUUGUAAGCGAACUGGGUUCAAAUUGAUGCUUAUGGUGUUGUCAUACAGUUUUUUUCUGAGGCUGCCCUUUUUACUUGCAAGAAUGUGUAACUAUGUGAUUGUUGUGACAGUUGCUGUCACUGUAAUUGUUUUUGGGUUGGUUUUCUUUGGGAGCUUGGUGAAAUGGGUUGCUCUUGUGACGUACUUUUAUGAGUGCAAGGCUCAAGUAUUGUUGAAGAAGGCUAACGAGGAGGCGCACAAAGCUGUGGAAGUUGGUGAUCUUUGUUAG